AUGCGUUUCUUCCCGUGGGGAUUUUGGCUGCUGUGGGUCGUCGCCGCCGCGUCGUCCUCGUCGGCUCGGAGCGACGGCGGCAACAAGCCGAGGAGCUGCGCCGAGCUCCGGCAACUCUAUGGGGCCAAAGGAUUCAGCCCGAGUGGGGUCCCCCAAGCGGAGAUCUCGGGGGAACACUUGAGGAUUUGCCCCCAAGGCUACACUUGCUGCACCAGUGAGAUGGAGGAGAACUUUGCCAACAAGAGUCGUCAUGAAUUUGAAGGCAUGUUGAAGGAGGCCACACGCUCGGUGCAAGUAAUCUUAACAGCCCAGUACAAGAACUUUGAUGGUUAUUUCCAGGACUUGUUGAAUAAGUCCGAGAAGGCCCUUUAUGACACAUUUCCUGGUAUGUACGGAGAUCUAUACACCCAGAACUCAAAGGUUUUCAAAGACUUGUAUAGUGAGCUGCGGCGCUAUUACCGGGGUUCCAACAUCAACCUAGAAGAGGCUCUCAAUGAGUUUUGGAUUCGCCUGCUAGAACGGCUCUUCAAGUUGAUGAAUCCUCAGUACUACCUUCCGGAUGAGUAUGUGGACUGCAUGGUCAAGCACUCUGAGCAGCACAAGCCCUUUGGAGAGGUUCCAAGAGACCUGAAACUGAAGGCAACCAGGGCCUUCAUUGCAGUCCGCUCCUUCGUGCAGGGACUUGGUGUGGGCAAUGACGUUGUCAGAAGGGUGUCUCAGGUCCCACUGAGCCAAUAUUGCACUCGGGCUAUUAUGAAGCUGAUGUACUGUGCGCACUGCCGGGGCAUGUCCAACGUAAAGCCCUGCAACGGCUAUUGCCGCAAUGUCUUGAAAGGCUGCCUGGCCAAUCAAGCAGACCUGGACCCUGAAUGGAAGAACCUGAUUGAUUCACUGCUGUUGGUGGCUGACCGCUUUGAUGGACCAUCCAAUGUAGACAUAGUCAUUGGUACAAUUCAUACCAGGAUUGCAGAAGCCAUUUCAAAUAUGCAGGAGAACAGAGAAUCUAUAAAAUCCAAGACCUUUCAAGGUUGUGGAAAUCCCAAACUCAACUCAAAAGCUUCCAGUGCGGAGGAAAAGAAGAGGCGGGGAAAGUAUGUCAGUGAAGAUAAACCUUCAGGGCUUAGUUCAGAGAAACUUGUUUCAGAUGCCAAAGGGAAGCUGAGAGAAAUAAGGGACUUCUGGGUUGCCCUCCCAAGCACACUUUGCAAUGAAAAGGUUUCCUCUGGUUCUGUGAAUGAGGACAGGUGCUGGAAUGGAAUGGCCAAAAGCGGGUAUCUUCCAGAUGUGAUGGGAGACGGACUAGCCAAUCAGAUCAAUAACCCAGAAGUUGAGGUAGACAUUACUAAACCAGACAUGACUAUUCGCCAGCAAAUAAUGCAGUUGAAGAUUAUGACAAAUCGACUGCGCAAUGCAUAUAAUGGGAAUGACGUGGAUUUUCAGGAUACAAGUGAUGACAUUAGCGGCUCUGGAAGCGGCGAUAGUUGCAUUGACGACAUCUGUGGCAAAAAACUGUCCAAGAGCGCUAGCACCAGGCCGCCAGAGACACAUCCAAUGCCUAAGCAGUCUGGACAAGGUGUUGGUGGAAAUAGCAGCAACAUACUCUUGCCUUCUUCCUUCCUUUUACUACUUUCUCUGGCUGCUGUUGCAGCACAGUACCUGCGGCGGUAACUCAUUUGUGCAGCCAUGAAAGAGACUGUGGGUGGUUGUGGUCUUAACUUUGCCAAAAAUGUGGACUAUAUUUAAUUCAUCUUGGCAAAAUGAGGGAGAUAAAACGUUCUUGAUUGUUUGUGAUGACCUGGCAGUGCUAGAACUGGUCUUUCCCCCCCUCCCUUUUCUUUUUUUGGUCUUCUUUGAAUGCUGGGGCCUUCUUUCUGUACCUGUUUUUAUCAUUAAUUUGCCACAGCGAGACACUUAGGAGCCUACAACAGAUCUUGGCAGAUAUGGGUAAUGGGUAAAAAAGGACAAAUGACCCUCAAGGCCACAUCAUUUUUAUUGACUCCAAUAAAACACACAAGUAUCUCAUAUUCUUAUUUAGCUGUAGCCAAAGAUGUGCUACAUUUGUUUAAAACAAUACACUUUUUAUAAUUUAAAAAUCUUCCGAGUGCUGUAACAGAGGGGUCAGUUCAUUAUUUUCCAUUAAGCAAGUGGAAAAUGGUCCUUCCUGUACACCAGAUUAGCAAAGGGAUUAUGGUGGAAUAUGGAAUGAAAUUACUUUAAUUGGCAAAUAAAUACCUCUGUUAAAAAUAGUGGUUGAAGCCACUUAGUAUUUCUCCUACAUCUAAAUGAAUUAGAGUGAGAUUCAAGUUUUGUAUGAUCCUUUGAAAGUAGCAUUCAAAAUUGAUAAAAUGCAAUACAGAAUUGUAAUAUGCAACAUUAUGAUAGAAAUAUGCAUGGGGAGAUUUCUGUCUGGAAAGCGUUGUUUUCAGUUUGAGGCUGAAAAUUUUCCCGUUAUUAAUAGUGACAACAGUUGACUUUUACCAAUGGGAUGAUGCAAAGAAACUGCUUUGUGUAUUAUUACUGAUCCUGUUAGCAAAGCCCGGAGGUGAGGCCCAGGGAACAAUUAUAUACUAUCAAAUACCCCAGGGAAUUUCCAUGGAUACAACCUGCCCAAAAUAUCACCAAUUAUGCCAAUGGAAAGCAGACCAAAGCCAUAGUUUGAGUCAUCAAAUCAGCCAGCUGCUACCUUAUUUCAUCUCACAUCGGCAUAGUUAACCUUAUGUUCUCUAGUCCUUGUUUAGUGAAAGUGCUUCACUUCAGCUAAUUUUCUGGUUGUUGCUACAUAUUUGCCAGGAGUAUUGUCUGAUAUCAAGGUGGAUGGGGUUGGAGGAAAGAAGGGCUGUCCAACCACAUAUCUACACCAACAGAUUCACGUAUGUAUUUCGCUGUCGAGACAUCUGUGCUUACACAGUUCUCUGCUUUGGGUUCUUUUGGUACAGCCAUAAACUUUUUUUUUCCUCUUUCAAAAAUAUCUAGCAUAGAAAGGCCAAUCCUAUUCAUGUUGUUGAAUGAUAGGAAGCCUUUGACACGAUCUUUGCUGUUAAUUCACUUUGUUUCAUAUCAUGACUUUCCUUUUAGGACACAGGGAUUAUGAAAGCAUAUUUUUUACAUUUAAUAUAUAGAUGUAUGGGCUUUGCAUAAAUGUUGAAAACAUUUCUCUUCUGCAUCAAAGACAAAUGCAUUUCUUAACGACAGCUUUCAAAAAGGCAGAAUUACAGAAGCCGCCAUCAGUUAUAAAACAUGCAGAGUUAGCAGGGAAGCAAUUCUAGUAUUAUGGCACAUGAAUUAAUGCAAGCAAAUUAAUUCAAAUGAAUUAUCUUUCCCAUUCCCGGCCCUAUUUGUUUUUCUACAACACUGGGAGAAAUUAAUUUCCUAAUCACUUCAAUCGGCAUUGGAGGCUGCCAAAAACACCACCAGAAUGUCGAAAAUACGCUACUGAAGUCUGAUGCCAGAACGAAUUUUUUUCUCCAAAGAGCACCUGCUUUUGCACACAUUAUUUUCAGUCCCUUGUGAGUAAAACAAUACACCACCCCACUUUCAUUAUUGAUCUCAUCCAUCUAAUAUAUUUAUUUUUUGUUUUCAGUUUAGACCAUUCUUAAUAAUUCUGAAUACAAAUGAGGCAUGAAAAGCAAAUAUCCUUCCUCCUUUGAACGUUAAGUUCAAAUGCCUGGG